AUGGCGCGCGCGCCGACGGGCGAACGCGCGGCAGAUGAGGGCGAACGCGCGCGGAUCACGCGCAUCGCCAACGUCGUGUGCGAUGAAGGGACCGAGGACGACAUCGCGCGCGCGUUCGCGUUGGCGGAGCAGACGGUGAACGCGACGAAACGCGCGACGUCGCCGCCCCGGAGCGUCCUCUACGGCCUCGUCGGCGUGCGAACGAUCGAUAUUCAGGGCUCGACGGAAGAUGUGUUGAAGUUUAGACUGUCUCAAGCGAUCAACGUGCUCCGUGAAUCGGCCGUCGUACGGGAAGAUGGCGACAAGGGCGGAGGCGCCGCGACGAGCAUCUACGAGCACCUCUUAGAGGGAUUGAGCGGCGACCCUGAUUACGUCGCCGUCGGGCUCGAUACCCUGGAAAUUCACUCGAUCGGAGAUUAUCCUGGUCCUUUAACUCGGCACGCGAACGCACAGCUCGGACCCGACCGACUUUGGGACGUCGCCUCACGAUUCCUCGACCGGAGAGCGACGAUGGCGUGCACUGUGGCGGCGGCGCACGUUCAAAGCGGAGAGGUUUCCUUCUUCCGUGGUGAGCUCGAAGGCGAAAUCGUGCCACCAAAAGAUGGGGCGACCACAGAUGAGCGUGACUUUAGGCGCAUAUUCCAACCGAAGGGCAGCGCGCGAACGCUCGUGGAGCUGUCGUUUGAGGAGCGAGUGAAGACGUCAGCUCAGAGACGCGCGAUCGAGCAAUUCGUCGCGUUCAUCGCGUCAGAAGGUUCGAUCGAUACGGUACGGCCCUCGGAGCGUGAACCAGUGCGUGGUCUAUCGAACGACAAAGAUACGAGCCCUUCGGAGCUUUCCGAGGGAGAAGGACGCGUCGAGGAUGUGACACCCUUGGAUGCGUUGCUCUUGAGCCACAAAUCUUCUCAGGAGCGAAAAAAGUGUGCCAAGCCUGCCAUCGCUCGCUCGAACGCGCGAACGGACGACGUCGCGAAGAAACCCAGAGGUAGACCUCAGGGCAGUACCACGAAGGUGAUCCAGGACGGAAGGGAGAAAGAGCUCACCAAUCGUGUUGCGGCGGAGCGCGCGAGCGCGCGAACGGACGACGUCGCGAAGAAACCCAGAGGUAGACCUCAGGGCAGUACCAUGAAGGUGAUCCAGGACGGAAGGGAGAAAGAGCUCACCAAUCGUGUUGCGGCGGAGCGCGCGAGCGCGCGAACGGACGACGUCGCGAAGAAACCCAGAGGUAGACCUCAGGGCAGUACCACGAAGAAGCCCAGAGGUAGGCCGAAAGGCGGUACGAAUACGGUCUUUCCCUCCACGAACGUGAAAUCCGCGCCCGUGGCGCGAUCGCCACCAAGAUUUCCCGGGAUUCCGCCAAAUGAACGAAAGGAGACGUCGAAGCGAGGAGCCAACGUCACUGGUCAAGAUUUCGCUCACACGGAUCUCACUCCUGAGGCCAAGUCCAGCGUAGCGCGCCAAAGUAGCUCUGGUACGCACGCUCUUGACAUCCUGUCGCGCAAACUCAAGACUAAAUCACUAAAAUUCGAAUUCAACUUUCGUACGAUUCCGUCUGUGGUAUAG